AUGAAGAAAGAGGAAUUCAACAAACUUAAGCAAGGCAACAGCAGUGUCAAUGAGUACCUAAGUAUGUUCAACAAGUUGGCUCGGUACGCCCCUGAGGAAGUAGACACAGACAAGGCAAGUGGACAAGGUUCACGUGCUUCCAACAACCUUGGUCGAGGCCGGGUGAACCGCAUUCAAGUUGAGACCGCCCAGGAUGCUUCAGACGUUGUGAUGGGUAUGUUCUCUGUCAACUCCGUACCCGCAAUAGUUCUGUUUGAUUCAGGAGCUUCCCAUUCUUUC